GUUGUUAUUUCCAGCGACCUCUCUGUACCCAAUGCGUUGUCCAAUGCUGGGCCGCUACACCGUGGUGGACUCGCUCGCAGACAGACGAAGGAGGCGACAGCAACUUACAAUCGAUGACGCGACGGGCGAGGAAGUGCAGGAGAAACCGGUGGAGUGCGUAAUGGGGCAGUACGACAGCGCCAGCAUCGGCUGCGGGGCCGCGCAGGACACCAUCGUGUUCCAAUCUGCUUGCACUAGCACCGUGUACACAUGCUACGGAAGUUGGCGAGAGGGCAACUUGGGGCUGGUAGUAGCCGGGGCCGCGCGGCCCUCCUCCCGCCCUCACGCGCUCUGCUUCCUCUAUACCAAUUAUAUCGCUAACGAUUCGUCGGGUACAGCAGUCCAGUACCUGUCCCUGUCGGGAGUGUCCCGGUCCUGUGACCGCGCCGUGCUGCCCGGCCUCGCGGGGGAUAAGGCCUACAACUUGACGCUUAAUGGUACAUGUGAACAGAGUAGCAAGUACAACAGUCUAGCAAUGAGACUGUGCCCAGCGUUAGCAGUGCUGCUGAUACCCCUCGCGUUACUAGCGCGGUGAUACGCCGCCAACCGCUGAGGCGCGACGGGGCUCCCACUACAAAGGGUCUGAAAUGUUUUUAAAAGCUUUCUCUACUGAAGUCCCUUAUACAUAAAUAUAGAAUAACACAUUACUUUGCAGAAAUCCAUUCCAAUUAAUAAUAAUUAAGGAAAAUAUUUAGAUUUUUAUUCUAAA